UCUUCUUGUCUUCCUAUCCUUGCCCCUUUUCGUCUUUUCACUCACCGCCACAGCAACCCACCACCCUCAGCUAAAUAAACUCAUAGCUCUCUUCCCACUCUCAGACUGUUGUCUCUCUCUCUCUCUCUCAUGGCGUUCCCAAUCGAACAAGGAGGUGAUGGGGAUUUAGAGAAGGGUCCGAUGACUGCACAGCCAAACCAGAACUCUCUGGCGGAGCCAUCGCCGUCGCCGUCUCCGUCUUCCACGACGUCGGCGCCGGCUUUGGUGCUUUCCAACUCCGGAAAGCGGAUGGACCAGGCGGGGAAGAAGAAGUACUUGAAGCAGGUCACCGGGCGGCACAACGACACGGAGCUCCACUUGGCGGCUCAGCGCGCGGAUCUAGCCGCCGUGAAGAAGAUUCUCGGCGAUAUCGAUUCGCAGAUUGUGGGGACAGUUAGCGGUGCGGAGUUUGAUACGGAGGUGGCUGAGGUUCGGGCGGCGGUGGUGAAUGAGGUCAAUGAGCUGGGAGAGACGCCUUUGUUCACGGCGGCGGAUAAAGGGCACCUUGAUGUGGUUAAGGAGCUGUUGAAAUAUUCGAAUCGGGAGACCGUUACGAAGAAGAACCGGUCCGGGUUUGAUCCCUUGCAUGCUGCUGCAAGUCAAGGACAUCACGCCAUUGUCCAGGUGCUCCUAGAUCAUGACCCUGGGCUAAGCAAAACAAUUGGUCCGUCGAAUUCAACCCCACUUAUAUCUGCAGCUCAUAAAGGGCAUAUAGCGGUAGUUGAUGAACUGCUCUCGAAAGAUUCUACCUUGUUGGAGAUUUCUAAGUCAAAUGGGAAGAAUGCAUUGCAUCUGGCUGCAAGACAGGGGCAUACAGAGAUUGUAAGCGCAUUGCUAACUAAGGAUCCACAGUUGGCACGAAGAACUGACAAGAAGGGGCAAACUGCAUUGCAUAUGGCUGUAAAAGGGACGAACUGCGAGGUGGUGAAAUUGCUUCUUGAGGCAGACUCCGCAAUUGUAAUGCUGCCAGACAAAUUUGGUAACACAGCAUUACAUAUUGCCACCAGGAAGAAGCGAGCAGAGAUAGUGAAUGAGUUGUUACUCCUCCCAGACACCAAUGUUAAUGCACUGAACAGGGAUACAAAAACGGCUCUUGACAUUGCUGAUGCACUUCCACUUUCCGAAGAAUCCUCAGAAAUAAGGGGUUGUCUUUAUCGCUAUGGUGCUGUCAAGGCAAAUGAACUGAACCAACCAAGGGAUGAAUUGAGGAAAACGGUCACUCAGAUCAAGAACGAUGUUCAUAUCCAGCUUGAACAAACAAGGAAAACCAACAAAAAUGUUCACAAUAUAUCCAAAGAGCUGAGAAAGCUCCACAGGGAAGGAAUCAACAACGCCACCAACUCAGUCACUGUGGUGGCUGUUCUAUUCGCAACAGUUGCCUUUGCAGCUAUCUUUACGGUGCCUGGCGGUGAUAAUAAUGACGGGACUGCCGUGGUAGUUAAGAGCACUCCUUUCAAAAUCUUCUUCAUUUUCAAUGCCAUUGCCCUUUUUACGUCGCUGGCUGUUGUGGUUGUCCAAAUUACCUUGGUCAGAGGCGAGACAAAGGCAGAGAAACGGGUGGUGGAGAUAAUCAACAAGUUGAUGUGGCUGGCUUCAGUCUGCACUUCAGUGGCAUUCAUGGCCUCCUCUUACAUAGUGGUUGGCCAGCGCCAUAAGUGGGCCGCCAUUCUGGUAACAGUCGUUGGGGGAAUGAUAAUGGCUGCUGUUCUCGGCACCAUGACAUACUACGUGGUGAAGUCGAAGCGGAUACGUUCCAUGAGGAAGAAGCACCCGAAGAGGAGCGGUUCCAACUCGUGGAUGCACUCUGACCAUUCAAAUUCGGAAAUCGAACGGAUUUAUGCCCUUUGAUCGGAAGUUUGUAGAGGAAUUGUAGAGGUUAAAACCACUGCAACAAUGGAUGCUCAGUGGGUGCAGAGGCGUGUAGAUAUAUCCCUUACCUCCAGGAAACAGGAAUGAUCCCCUGGAGUUAAAUAACAACAAUACAUUUCUCUGUCUUCCGUUUGUACUCUGCCUGUUUCAACUCAUAUUAGAAAAAUUGCACUUGUCUUGUAAUCUAUUUGCGAAGACAAGUAACCUUUAUUUUAUUUUCAAGGCUUUUCAGUCAAAAUGUAUUGGCAUAACUCUUCGCUUUGAUCGUUGCGAUCCUCAUUUCAGGUCUCUUAAAUUUAAAAUCGAUAGAAUUGUUUC